AUUUAUAUUGUGCUAAUAAAAUGAGUUAUUUUGAUCGUAGGAGCUUUCCGACUCGUGAUAAUUUCAGUAACGCUGAUAUUGAGGGAUCCCAACCCUUUUCGUAUAUCAGCAAGUUUCAGAGGAGAGACCCUCUGAGGGUAGAUGAUAUCCAGGGAGCUGCUCCACAAGGCAUCGUAGGCUAUACAGGGGCCACUAAAAAUAAGAUCAGAAGGAACUCCCCAGAGCUAGUGUAUGGUCCUACUAAAACUCAAGCCAAGGAUCAAUGGCUAGACCCUAGAAAAAUUCAGUAUAAAAAUAUUGUGUUUAACAGCUCUACCAUGAACUUUGGUAGAGAAGCUGAAGUUAUGAGGAAAAGUAAUAGCAAGUUCAGUCUUAAUAAGACUAGACUUGUAAGUAACUCAAUGGUGGAUUUUAAGCCUCAUGAAAUUUUGAAUCCUUCUCCGAAGAAGAUUCCUACUCUUGCACCUUCACAAACAUUUGAUAGAGUAAAUAUUAAUAAAUCUAUGGAUAAUGGUAAUGGCUCUAUGAAGAACAUGAAGCAAGUCAAGUUCAAGUCUCACUUAGCAACAACUGGAGGAAAUAUUAUGAAUGAAAGCACAAGUGGAUACAGAAAGACUCCUAUUAAGGCAACUAUUGGUGGUAUGGGAGGAAAACCUCAGUUUAGAGAGCCCCUUAUUGGGGCUCCACAGCCUUUCGGCCCAUCAAAGGCUGGUGGGAUCAGAGCUGGGUAUCAGAAUACGAAAUUCAUUUUGCCAGAUGACAAGUUCAAGCUUAUGAACCGUAAGCAAAGACAUAUGAGCAGUCUCGGACAACAUUUGAGCCAUCCUGAGAGUGUAAACCGGAGCUAUUUAUAAAAAUGAAAUGUUUCAAUCUUCUAA